AUGGACGCCGCUGAAACCCAGAUCCAACUUGAAGAGCCUCUGGAGCUCUCUGAGGACGAGCCUGCGGAGGCUCCAGAGCCCAUCGAGGAAAAGCCAUCGGAGGAGCCUCCAGAGCCCAUCGAGGAGAAGCCAUCGGAGGAGCCGGUCGAGGAUGCGCUCCUGUCA